AUGUUGAGCCGCACCGUUCGUCCGACGCUGGCUGCUGCCACUGGCGCCAUCCAGAAUGCACAGGCUGCACGCAACAUGGCUACUCUCAGAGAAAUUGAAAUUCGCUUGAAGUCGGUCCGCAAUAUCGAGAAAAUCACCAAGUCGAUGAAAAUGAUUGCCUCGACACGUUUGAACAAGGCCCAGCGUGCGAUGGCCACUGCCAAGGAGUACGGCAAGGCUAACAACGAGAUCUUUGGAAACUCAGAGGCCACUGUUGCAGAGGGUGGAAAGACUCUCUAUGUCGUUGUAUCUUCUGACCGUGGUCUGUGCGGUGGUAUCCACUCGUCCGUGACCAAGGCCACCAAGAAGGCGAUUGAGCAGAACAACGGUCAGGGCUCCAUCGUCGUCCUUGGAGAAAAGUCCAAGUCCCAGCUCUCCCGUUCCUCGGCCAAGCACCUCGAGCUCUCCUUUUCCCAGAUCGGUCGUGAAGUCCCCACUUUUGCCGACGCUGCUGAGAUUGCGGACAAGAUUGUCACCAGCGGCAUCGAGUUCGAUUCGGUUUCGCUCGUUUACAACCGAUUCGUGUCUGCGAUUGCUUACGAGAGUGCUACCAUGACUGUCUUUAACGAAAAGGCUCUGACGGAUGCUCCUGCCUUCAAGGUCUACGAAAUGGAGGACGACCCAACCAAGGACCUUGUCGAAUUCUCGCUUGCCAAUGCUAUCUAUGCUGCUCUUGUCGAGGGCCACGCUGCCGAAAUCAGCUCCCGUCGCAAUGCCAUGGAUAACGCAUCCAAGAACGCCGGAGAUAUGAUUGGUCGUCUUACCAUGCAAUACAACCGUGGUCGCCAGGCUAACAUUACCAACGAGCUCGUUGAUAUCAUUACUGGUGCUAGCGCUCUGUAA